UUGACAUAAAGAUGUAUUUCCCGAAUCCUUUAUCUUACUCUCUCAGGACAUUGAUAAAAUGGGUGGAAGAGAAACGUUCACAAAAGAGACAUCUGACCCUGAAGACAAGGCUGAAAGUGCUGAAAAUGAGGCAGAUAAAGAUGAGACAGAGGCUGCUGGUCACCAUGACAACGAGGAAGCCGGAAACGGCCAAAAUGAAGAUGGUUCUUCAACUUACAGAGUUGAUGAAACUCAGGAUGACAGAAUUGAUGACCUUGACAAUAACGAGGCUGCCACAAGUUUAGAUAAUGGUGCUGCCCCUGGUGAUGAGGGCUUGGAAUCAGAAACGGACAUGACCCACAAGGAUGAGCCAACUGUCAAUGAACAAGACAAGGCCCACGAUGACCUCAAAGAUGACACUGUGGUGGUGGAAGAUUUGGACAAAGCUGUCACCCCUUCCCAGGAGAAGCCUCCAUCACGUCGUGAGCUGUCUUCAUCUCGGCGCAGAGACAGUGCUAAUCAAACAGAACCUGAUACCAACAGAACAGAUCAAACAGAUACCAGCAACAACAAUGACACUGUCGAUGGCGACGGCCAAAAUGAGGAGGACCUGGAAGAGGCAGCUAUAAAAAUACAAGCUGCAUUUCGAGGACACCAAGAUCGACAGAAAGUACAUGAAUUGAAAGAACAGAGGAAGGCAGACGAAGAUGAGAAUGAAAUACCAGAUAUAACUGAAAUAACUGAUAAUGAUAAUGAUAAUGAGGUCCGAGAACUCUCUCCUCCCCCCAAGCAACCCACGCCUAAACCAAAAGAGGACAUAGCACAAAAAUGGAAGCAGAGAUUUAACAAUCCUAAAUUUAAGGUCAGAUAGAAGAAAAACCCUUAGUUUUGGACAAGUUAUUAUUUUUUAUUAUUACUACCAUUUUUAUGCAUGUAUUUAUUUUUUAUUCUGCUGUGAUUUUAUGCUUUUAUUAUGUUUUGAGAGGAUUAAAGUUCUC